UUCAUAACAAGAGUAGAUUUUGGACAGCUGCUGUUGUCUAUCAUGUCGAAAUCAGAGCAGGAACAAAGUUGCACCUGCACCCAAGACCUGGCAAAUCUGCUGCCAAUUCUUAUACAGUUCACCACCAGGUUGGAAAACAUAGAGACUCAGAUGAAUGACAUGGAGACCCAGCUCAUUAGUUUACUACAACGACUUUACAGAAAGAAGCACCAGCUCACCAUUGAGAAUAAAAAGCAAAUUAAGAAGGUGGACUACCUCAUCUGGAAGCUGCAGAAUGUGGAGCGAGGUUGCAACUGGACUGAUGAGUCAUUGUCAGCAUAUUAUCAAAGACGGAAGAAUGAUGUGACACAGUUAAUCAGGGAUGUGAAAAACUGGAUGAAGAAGGUGGUCAAGUUCAGCAAGGAGAGGAAGGAGACAAUGAAGGUUGUGGCACGGUACAAGAUAUGCUCACAGCUACCAGACAGCACUAUGUCCAUAUGCCCUGUAUGGAAUGUAAAAAAUAAGGGAAAAGGUAACCUCCCACUGCAUCCUAUGACAGUGAGAGGCCAACAGGUACCUACACUGUUGAGACAAAAGUCCUGGGACCCCUUUUUGCCUAAUAUAAAGAUCAAGAAGGAGCUGGCGUUGAUGAGAAAGCUCAAGGACUGGAAAGGCAAUGAGGAGGCACUGCUCCGCAGUUCUCUGUUCUGCAGCAGCUGCAAGAACUCCACCUACCAGUCUGAGAAGAUUAAAGCAAUGGCAGUUGAAAAAUUUGAGAAAUUAUGA